AGAGAUAUUGCACUGGCAUAAAGUUGGGGACUCUGCUCCAAACCAGCCUGUCUGCUGAACACUCUGAAAGGACGGUGAGACUUCUUGAGACCGCUAGGAUGGAGAAGACUGCGCUGGUCCUGCUAUGUCUUGCAGGUUUUUGUGUACCGGCUUCUAACCAGAUCAGAAAAUUCUUGUUUGUGAAAACUGAGAUGAGCUGGUCUGAAGCUCAGGGCUACUGUAGAGAGAAGCACACAGACCUGGCCACUGUGCGCAGCCAGGAAGAAGCAGAGCAGCUCUUAAAUAUUACAGGAGAUUCUCUCAAUGAUACUGCCUGGUUCGGGCUGUAUCGUGAUGACACACAGAACUGGCAGUGGUCUAACAGCGAUGAUGUCAUCUACUCUAACUGGAGGGCAGACCUCUUCUGUGCUUCAGUCAAUUCACAGGGAGAGUGGGAGGAUCGAGUCUGCAAUGAGAAGGAAGCUUUCAUGUGCUACACAGAGACCAGCAACAUCACUGAGAGAUACACCCUGAUUGAAGGACCGAAAACCUGGACUGAAGCUCAGCAGUACUGUAGAGAACACCACACCGACCUCGUCAGUAUAAAGAACGCCAGUGAAAAUGCAGACCUAGUGAAGAAAGCGCAAGGCAAGCCCUUCUGGAUAGGCCUGUUCAAUAACCCGUGGAAGUGGUCACGCCAGGGGGAUAACUACACAUUUCACAGCUGGUACAGAGGGAAAUCAAGUUAUGAACCAAACAAUGAAAAAGGCAAUGAGAAAUGUGUGGUGAUGAAUGAGAAAGCUGAAUGGUAUGACACUUCCUGUAGCGAGAAGUUUCUCUUCGUCUGCUGUUCAGCGGAUGCCUUCUCCCCAGGAGGUUCCUCUGGUAAUUGUAGCUUUGAAGGACCUAAGAAGACAUGGCAUGAAGCUCAGAGCUACUGCAGAAACCACAACAAAGACCUGGUCACCAUUCAAGACAAGGACAGGAUGAAGAAUAUUUUAGACAUCAUACUUGGUAACUCCACCUGGAUUGGUCUGCAUCGUGACAAAGAGAACUGGCAGUGGUCCAAUGGAGGUGAUGUCAUCUACUCCAACUGGACAUCACAACUCUUCUGUGCUUCAGUCAAUUCAAAUGUGGAUGUGUGGGACGAAUCACUCUGCAAGGAGACAAAACUUUUCAUGUGCUACAACGAGAAUAGCAACAUCAAACAGAGAUACACCCUGAGUAAACCAAAGAAAAACUGGACUGAAGCUCAGCAGUACUGUAGAGAACACUACACCGACCUCGUCAGUAUAAAGAGUGCCAGUGAAAAUGAAGACCUAGUGAAGAAAGCGCAGGGCAAGACCUUCUGGAUAGGCCUGUUUAAUAAACUCUGGAAGUGGUCACACAAGGGGGAUAAGUACACAUUUCACAACUGGGCUAAUGAACAGCCAAACAAUGUUGAAGACAAUAAGAAAUGUGUGGAUAUAGGUCUAAGGGAUGGUCAGUAUCAAUCCAGAGGGGAAUGGCAUGAUAAGGAUUGCAGCUUGAAGCUCCCCUUCUUCUGCUUUGACGAUCACAUGGCAAUCCUAAGAGUCAAACUUACUGCACCAAGAGGAAUGAAUCUUGAAGACCCCAAAGUGAGCGAAGCCAUUUUAGAGCAGAUUCGGGAGCACCUCUCCAAGUCGUCUCCAAUGGACGGUUUUAAAUUGCGCUGGAGAAAACAAGAUAGAGAGAUUUUCCACAAGGAGGAAGAGGAGGAGGAGGAGGGGUAGCCCAAGCCCUGAGAUGCCCAGUGGGGUUUCAGGGCAUUUUGACAUGCAUCUCUAAUAAAACAUAUAAUCAAGUAUCAGUAAAAUGCAUCAAUAUUUUUUUCUUAUUAUAUAUUUCUUUUUUUCUUAUAGUUUCGACAGACCAACUAUUUUUAGUUAGGUUUCAUGAAACUGUAUCUUAUAAAACUUUUAAAGGUUUAUGUUGGACAAGUUUAUUUGACUCCAUAAUGCACAGCUUGAUAGGAAUAUUGUACAUUUACAAAUUAAUCCCUGAGUUCUUGGGCUUGCCAGUAGCCAGAUAUUGAUAACUUAUUCAAAGAAACAAAGUUUUCAUGAAUUAAUCAGAAUUCCAGUAAUUCCUCUGAAAGACUACUGUAAGAGGCUUGUUCUAAGACCUUCAUUCUAAAUGGCAGGCUCUUAAAUUGUCUCGCUAAUGAUAUUAUAACAUGCUAUCUGUGACUGAUUGGUGUGAAUAUUAAUAAAUAA